AUGGCGAGACAGCGCAAAAGCAAGGAGCCCAAGUCGGCAGCCGACAUCAAGCUCAAGCAGCCUGAUCGCUCCGGCCCCUCGGAUAAGACGCUCUUGGACUUGGCGCAGGGCAAGGAUCUGUUCUCGCAAGCGGAGGAGCGCAGAAGGGAGCUUGCCAAGGAAAGGGGAGAAGUGGUUGAAGAGAGGAGGGCCGAGGACGAUGAAGAAGAGCGAAAUGUCCUCUCCCCAGGCGCAGAUCGGCUCAUGGAGGCGAUGCUUUACACCAUCUCGCUCUCCAUGCUGCACUUGGCCUUCGACAUCCUAGUCCAGAAACAGUACGGCAAGGAAAUGGACUAUCGAGAUGUGGCCAUUCGGACCGCACGUGCCUGGGUUGUCUUUCUUAUUCUGUUUUGGCCGCUGCACCCGCAUGAGGCGAACCCUACCCUGCUGCCAGGAUUUCCGCGGAAGUACCAGCAGCCACUGCGACAGACCAUCUUUGGUAUCAUGAGCGCGGUUUCUGGGUGCUAUCUCAUUCACAUCAGCAACAACUACGACUACCUGGCUGUCAUGAAGCAAGCACCGCCUGUGGGAUGCCUGUGGCUGUGGGCCGUGAUUGAGCUGGAGCUGGUCAACGCAGUCCUGAGCUUGGUUGUCGCAGGAGGAUAUCUGUGGUACCACGACUAUAAGGUCUAUUGA